GAGACGCAACCAUGGUGGAGGAAGGGGCCAAAUGUUCACCGGGGUACAGGAAGCUGCCAUUGUAAACUUGGUUUUGGAAAAUAAUGAAAUCAGAUUACGAGAAAUUCAAAGCCACAUCAUCCAAGACAUCACCAUAUUCAACAACAUUCGACGAGUCAGUCUGUCCACAUUGGCUCGCAUUCUCAAGCGAAACCAAAUCAGAAUGAAACAACUUUAUAAAGUGCCGUUUGAGAGAAACUCUCAAAGAAACAAAGAGGUCAGACGAGCAUAUGUGGAUGGAGUACUGGAAAUGGAUGCUCAUGCAAUCCCACAUGAGUUCAUCUUUAUAGAUGAGGCUGGGUUCAACCUAGCAAAGACCAGAAGAAGGGGGAGAAACGUCAUUGGCCACAGAGCCAUUAUAGAUGUUCCUGGCCAAUGUGGUGGGAACAUCACAAUGUGCGCUGCCAUCUCCAAUACGCAUGGUGUCCUCCACCGUCAUGCCAACCUUGGACCAUACAACACAGCCCAUAUUCUCACAUUUCUGGACAGACUCUACAACAUUCUCAUACCACCAGAGCGUAUGAAUGAUGCAGACCAUCAAAGAACCCGGUACGUUGUAGUAUGGGACAACGUGAGCUUUCAUCGUGCAGCCCCAGUCCAAAACUGGUUUGCUGACCACCCACCAUUUCUCGUGCAAUACCUCCCACCAUACUCACCAUUUCUGAACCCCAUAGAAGAGGCAUGGCGGUGGAAGGUAUACGACCGGCAGCCCUUUGUGCGCAUGACUCUUGUGCAGGCUAUGGAAGAGGCAUGUGAUGAGAUAGAUGUGGGUGCGAUUCAGGGAUGGAUAAGGCACUCAAGGCGCUUCUUCCCUUGAUGUCU